CGGUUCCGUCGCCGCUCUUCGGAUACCACGCGCGCUUGUUCUCUCAGUUUGUAUUCGGUAUCCACCUCGUAUCGGUGGAUACGUUCGGUUCUUAAUUCAAUCGAAUUAUUAUAUCGAAAUCGUGAAAUUACCGUCCAAUUCUAUAAGCACGUUCUCCAAGCUGAAAAUAAAGUUUCAAAUCCAACGACAACUAUAGUGCCAAUUGUGUCGUUUGUUGACAGUGCUUUUGAAACAAAGACGACAUGCUGUCGCUGCGAUUUGUUGGUCUUUUGGUAUUACUUCUUACCGCGCAGGUUUGGUGCAAACCGGGAAAAGGUUCCGAGAGCCCCGAUUACACCGAAGACGAUACACUGUCCGAAUACAUCGAUGAUGACAACAACGACGACACCGAUGAGCUGGUCGAUGAUGUGAACGAUACCGCAAGCGCCGUGGACGAUGACACGGCCAGCGCUAUCGAGGAACCGCAAAUCAUAUCAAAGCCCGAGAGUAUACGAAUGAGGAACGGAAGCACGAUAUACCUGCAUUGCCUCGUGAAAAAUGCAGACAAUUUCGCGGUCACCUGGAAGAAAGACGACAAUUUCAUGUAUCAGGAAGGAAAGAGAAUUGUUAUAUUGCCGAACAAUACGUUGGUGAUACACGAUGCCAAUGUCAAUGACACUUCCGACGAUUACGAGUGCAGUAUCAUGCAUCCUAAAAAAACUAUUACGAUCAAGCACAGAGUGCAGAUCGUUUCUCAAGGUCCGCGCACGCAGAAAGUGGAUGUUACUUCUGAAAGGCCUCAAGUUCUGCCUACGGUCACGCAACGAACGGAUGCUGCUUCUGAAAGGCCUCAGAUAUCACCAUCGACUCAUCACAAACAAUCGGAGAUACGUGUAACCCCCGGUAAAAGGGUGGAAGUCAACGCUGGUGAUAACGUCACCCUCGGUUGCGAAACGAGGAUACAACCGAUACAAGAGAUAAAGUGGUAUCACGAGAACGAAAGAGUUCAUAAUAAUAUAAUCGUAUCCGGUAAUCGUAUCACUAUCGUGAAUAUUAAUAGACACGAUGCUGGUCAUUAUCAGUGUUUGGCCGAGAAUGGGAUGGAGUCUCCACCUGUAGAAGCCAUUAACGUCAUUGUCAAUUACGCUCCAGAAAUAGAGACAAAGGGGAAAUGGGUGCACACCGGAAUCGGAGUAGAAUCGCGGUUAUCGUGUAUCGUGCAUGCUCAUCCGCAUGCUAACGUAACGUGGUUCAAGGAUCAGAAGAGAAUAUUACCGAAGAAAAACAGUAUAGAGCUUAGAGGAAACAAAACUCGAUACGUUCUUGAUAUUUUGCACACCCAAUUCGAAGACUUGGCUAAUUACACGUGCGUAGCGGAGAACAAAUUGGGACGGACGGAGAAAACUAUUUCCCUUACCGGUCUUCCUUCUCAAGCGAUUAUUUCUGGUGGUGAGAUGACAAGGACCGCAUCAGGGUUAAUUUUAAAAUGGCACUUGGAGAGCUAUUCGCCGAUUAUUGAAUAUAAACUGCAAUAUCGUCGUAAAGAAGAUCCUGAAUGGAUUAUUGUGAAGCCUACGGUAACGAACGGUAGAGGAAAUCAAUUCAUUGUCGAGCAUACAAUUGAAGGACUUCAACCUGGAUCGUAUGAAGCAAUUGUUAUGGCUAGAAACGACUUUGGAUGGUCUUUACCCUCGAAGCCACAUACAUUUGUAGGAGAAUACGCGGAUGAGCAAGCUGAGAAUGUUAGAGGACCGUCAGCGGGUGUAUCUCAACCUGCUUUAGCCAUUGCAACAUUAUUCCUAGUCGUUUCGUCCUGUGCCUUUACAAGUCUGUAAUUUACCGAACUUCUUAAACUAUAGGUAAUUUGCUGCAGCCAAAGCGUACACCAGCAAAUGCAAUGGUGGGUUUAGUGAAACAAGAAUGUCUAGGAGAACUGUAUAUUGCUGGUGUAAUAUAUUUUUUAAAAUAAUAUUAGUUAUAUUUAUUUUAAGCAAGAGAUAAAUAAUUAAUAUGUUCCCUAGCAGAAUAAUAUUUCCAAAAACAUGUUAGCUAAAUUUUAUAUUGCUGCUUGUUCGAGUAAUCAAAUAUUUGGAAAUGAUACGAAAAAAAAAAUUAUAUUAUGAUUUAUGUUUAAAUAUAACAAGCAAAAAUGCAUUUUUGCAUUUGUAUUGGUAUAUUGUUUUUUUAUAAAAAUUUGUCAAAAUUUAAUUGUGGGCAUUCUUUAAGUAUAAAAAAAUACUUUCAGGUUAUACAGUAUACAUUAGAUAAUUCUCCUAGAUAUUCUGGUACGUAUUAUUAAAAAAAAAAGAGCAUUUUAAUUG